AUGUACACGCCCACUGUGACCACGCCCACUGUGACCACGCCUACUCUGACCACGCCCACUGUAGUCACACUUUGUGACCCUGAUGACCCCCGUGACCCCCGUGACCCUGAUGACCCCCGUGACCCUGAUGACCCUCGUGACACUCGUGACCCUCGUCCGACCUUCAUCGUGUUGAACAAGGGCAAAGCCAUUUUCCGCUUCAGUGCCACGUCUGCCCUGUACCUGUUCAGCCCCUUCCACCCGGUGAGACGCCUCGCCAUCCGCGUCCUGGUCCACUCUCUCUUCAGCCUCUUCAUCAUGUGCACUAUUCUGACCAACUGCUGCUUCAUGGCCAUGUCUGACCCGGCCUCCUGGACCAAGUACCUCGAAUACACCUUCACGGGGAUCUAUACGUUUGAGUCCCUGAUCAAAAUCCUGGCGAGAGGAUUUUGUGUCGGACCCUUCACCUUCCUGAGAGACCCAUGGAACUGGCUCGACUUCAGCGUCAUCGUCAUGGCAUAUGUCACAGAGUUUGUGGACCUCGGCAACGUCUCGGCGCUGAGAACGUUUCGAGUUCUACGAGCGUUAAAAACCAUCUCCGUCAUCCCAGGCCUGAAGACCAUCGUCGGCGCCCUCAUUCAGUCUGUGAAGAAACUGGCCGACGUGAUGAUCCUCACCGUCUUCUGCCUCAGCGUCUUCGCUCUCAUCGGACUUCAGCUCUUCAUGGGAAACCUACGACAGAAGUGCGUGCGUUCGACGUCUCUGUGUUUCCACACCAACGUGACCACCACCGUCUUCUACUGCCACAACAAGACCUGGGCCUCGCUCGACAACUUCAUCAACAGCGAGGAAAAUUUUUACAAAGUGGAAGGAGCAAAAGACGCUUUAAUCUGUGGAAACAGCAGCGACGCCGGGAGGUGUCCGGACGGCUUCGUGUGCCUGAAGGCCGGGAGGAACCCAAACUACGGCUACACGAGUUUCGACACCUUUGGGUGGGCCUUCCUCUCCCUGUUCAGACUCAUGACACAAGACUACUGGGAAAACCUCUACCAUCAAACCCUGCGCUCGGCUGGUAAGACCUACAUGGUGUUCUUCGUGGUGGUCAUCUUCCUGGGCUCGUUCUACCUGGUAAACCUGAUUCUUGCGGUGGUUGCCAUGGCGUACGAGGAGCAGAAUCAAGCCACCAUCUUGGAAGCCAACCAGAAGGAGCGCGAGUUUCAGGAGGCGAUGGAGCGGCUCAAACAGGAGCAGCAGGCCGCCGCCCAAAAAGCUCUGGACUCCGACUCGGUGAUGUCACGUGACCUUUCACCUUUCGCUCCUCCGCUGACCCCUGACCUCACGGCGGAGGAGCGGAGGCGGAGCCAAGCGCUAGUGGGCGUGGCCAACCUGGAAGCCAACCUAUCAGAAGAAAGGCUGCUCACGGACUCCAAGCCGCUCCAUCCCCUCCUCUCCCGCUCGUUCUCGUCUCGCCGUUGCUCUCAGGUCUCCUCCAUCUUUAACUUCGUCCUGAGGGGGCGUGGCUCUGAGGGCGAAAUGGCCGACGACGAGUUCAGCGUCCCCGGCGACGUCCUGGAGGCGGCGCCGUCGCGCUUCACGUCCAGCGGCGUCUACAGCCCCAGCGCCUACGCCGGGGGCCCGCAGCACCCGGCCGGGCCCCUCACCUCCCUCCAGCAGUGGGCCAAGAGAAGAACCAGCACCUACAGCACGCACAGCCGCACCUCCCAGGUUUUCUUUCCGUCUCUGAGCAUAAACGGCCGUGUGUUGGUGGGUUUUGAGAACGGUGUGUCGUCUCCUCCUCUGCCCGGGCAGGUGCCAGGGCAGGUGCCCCCCUGCAACAUGGAGAAAGUCAACGAGGAGAGUGUCCCCACGUCGUCCACAGAGCUCAGCACGAUGCUGCUGCCUCGGCCCUCGUCCAAUCACAGCUCAGAGAGACGGGGGCGGACCCUGAGCGCGGCCAGCUGUCUGACGGACGCCAUGGAGGAGCUGGAGGAGACCCACGGCCGCCGCUGCCCCCCCUGCUGGUACGUGCUGGCGCAGCGGUUCCUGGUGUGGGAGUGCUCCCCCUCCUGGCUGCGGCUCAAGGCGGCGGUGAAGGUCAUGGUGAUGGACCCGUUUCUGGACCUCGCCAUCACCGUCUGCAUCGUCCUCAACACGCUCUUCAUGGCCAUGGAGCACUACCCCAUGACCGACGACUUCAACAACAUGCUCACCAUCGGGAACCUGGUUUUCUCGGGGAUCUUCACGGCGGAGAUGGUUCUGAAGAUCAUCGCGUUGGAUCCGUACUUUUAUUUCCAGACGGGCUGGAACAUCUUCGACAGCAUCAUCGUCUGCCUCAGCCUCAUGGAGCUCGGACUCUCCGACGUCGAGGGACUCAGUGUGCUGCGCUCCUUCAGACUGCUGCGUGUGUUCAAGCUCGCUCGCUCGUGGCCGACGCUCAACACCCUGAUCAAGAUCAUCGGGAACUCGAUGGGCGCGUUGGGGAACCUCACCCUCGUCCUCGCCAUCAUCGUCUUCAUCUUCGCCGUGGUCGGGAUGCAGCUGUUCGGCAAAAACUACCAGGACUGUGUGUGUAAGAUCUCGAGGGACUGCUCUCUCCCUCGUUGGCACAUGAAGGACUUCUUCCACUCGUUCCUCAUCGUGUUCCGGGUUCUCUGCGGCGAGUGGAUCGAGACCAUGUGGGACUGUAUGGAGGUCGCCGGGCAACCGCUCUGCAUCCUCGUCUUCAUGCUCGUCAUGGUCAUCGGGAACCUCGUGGUGAGUCCUGCUCCGGGUCCGGUCCAGGUCUGA